CGCCAUGCCGAACAUCAUUGACUCGCCCAGAAUUCGUUUGGAACCUGUCCUGUACGUUCUCUACUACGCAAUCCUGUACAUUGGAUGUACAUUCAGCGCCAACAAUGGAACUGCCGAGCCAAACUUCGAAUUGGCCGGCUCAUGCUAUCUCGCAUGCUUACGGGUGCUCCCGGUGUGGCAACCACAGGCAGAUGGCUCCGCUCUUGACUUCGUGGCAGCCUUGUUCAUGGUACGGAUAGCUAUGCUCUGCUGCGACCACGACCUCGCGUGGUUGAUGCACCGCAAUGCGUGUGCUUAUGCCCAGAGAUUCAACCUGCAUAAUCUCGACAGCGGCGAUCAAACCGGACUUCAGCACGAUGCGUCAUGCGACGAAGGUCGCCGCGGGUUCUGGCAGAUGAUUCAAAUUGACCUUCAUGUCCGGCUGAUUCUUGACAAGCCUGCCACCAUCACGGCGGGUGCUUGGAAUGUCAAUCUCCCUUGGCUCAGCGCGAGGUCCAGGCCGCCGCCAGGCGAUGUGAAAGCGACCGCGUUCCUCAUUACCUCACAGAUGGCGAUGAUCUUGUUGCAAUUCUUCACCUUUUUCGACAACGCAGUGGCGGGGGGCCAAGAAGAUCUCAGGCAGCGAACAAAGAGACUAUGCCAGGAGAUUCAACACAUCUUCGCCAACUGGCAGGUGGAUGAAUGGUUUGCGGCCCCAUCGGACAGGAAAGUCGACAAUUGCUAUAAAUCAGACGUGCUGCUGGCUGGGUAUACAUAUAUCAUCUUUAUGCUUCGAAAGGUUGAAGGCCUUGAACAUGAGCCAACCGAGGUCUCCCAAGCCGGCUCCGUGUCCUUGAUAGUUCGCGAUGCAUCGCGGCGUAUCGUCGAACUACUAAACCAUAUGCUGAAAUUAUACCCGAACCCGCAGGGACUGCUUUGUGUCCUGGGAUACUACAAACCCGAGCUCGCGGUCGGUCUUUUGUAUUCCCAGGUCAUAGAUACUCCCGACACUCUGGAAUCGAGGGCGGAUGCAGAGAGGCUUCGAGAAUUGGGUGGUUCUAUCCGGGACAUCAUUACUCGCAGGCAGGAUCUCACACCGCUAGCUAGAGCAAUAGAGGCUCUGGAUGGAGCAUUGCCUAAAGAAUCUCUGUCCAGUGAAUAAUACUUUUAAG